AUGCGAAAGUACACCGAACUGCAGAGCAAAGGCUGGAAGGCUCCAAUGGCACAGAAAGAACCCUUGGAUGUUGAGGCGUUUGCGCAAACGCAGCUUGCUCUUCUCAAUGCCGAGUUACAGAACGAGCUCCAAGAAACCAGUGGCUUGAUCUCAAGUACAAGCCCGACUUCUCUGCACCGCGCAGGAUUGGCCAUCACCAAUCUUGUCAUCUCAGCCCAACGCACGGGUCUGGGCGGCAAAACAAUGUUGGAACUCAGUCCUGACAGUGCACAAAACAGCACUGGAGAGCUCCCAGAGCAUGGUAUUCGAACUGGGGACAUUGUGCUGGUCUCUGAGCAACCCGCGGGCAGCGCAAAGAAGAAAGAGAUCAAAGACCUCGAAAAGAAGGGUGUACGAGGCGUCAUCACUAAAGUAAAGACGGACAGCGUUGCAGUCGCGGCCGAUGAGGAAAGGGACGAUGUACAGAUCGCUGGACGUGUCUGGUUAGUCAAGCUGGCAGACGAUGUAACUUAUCGCCGAAUGAACCAGACCAUGGAGAGACUGUUGAAGAUGUCGGAAUCAGAAUACUCCAUGUUCACACGAGUGUUGUUUGGUCUAAGCACACCUUCCUUUGUUCCUGCUAAUCUGAGUUCCGAUCCGGAGUACGGAAAUAUCGAAUGGAUCGAGCCUGGCCUCAACGACUCACAAAAAGACGCCAUUCGAUUUGCUUUGUCGUCGAAAGAAAUAGCACUGAUUCAUGGCCCACCAGGAACUGGGAAGACACAUACACUGAUAGAACUGAUAUUACAGCUCGUCAAGAAGGAUCUACGUAUCCUCGUCUGUGGGCCAUCGAACAUUUCGGUAGACAAUAUUGUGGAACGCCUCUCGCCGCAUAAGAUUCCCAUCCUGCGACUCGGGCAUCCAGCAAGACUACUACCCUCUGUUCUUAACCACUCACUUGAUGUGCUUACACAAACCUCCGAAGCUGGUCUUAUCGUGAAGGAUGUUCGAAAUGAGAUGGAUGCAAAGCAAGCGUCGAUUAAGAAGACACGGAACGGUAGAGAACGAAAAGCGAUCUACACCGACCUCAAAGAGCUAAGGAAGGAGUAUCGAGUAAGAGAAAGACAGUGUGUCGAUAACCUGGUUUCUGGUAGCAAGGUUGUGCUCGCUACCCUUCACGGAGCAGGAGGCUUCCAGCUCAAGAAAGCGAGCUUCGACGUAGUCAUUAUUGAUGAAGCAAGUCAAGCUUUGGAAGCGCAGUGUUGGGUUCCGUUACUAUCAGCAAAAAAAGCUGUCUGUGCCGGGGACCAUUUGCAAUUACCACCAACAAUCAAAUCUACGAACUCUAAAGUAAAGCCGGAGAUGAAGGAGGGCAAUAAAAUCCUCAGGGACGUAACUCUCGAGACAACUCUAUUUGACAGGUUGUUGGCUCUUCAUGGGUCUUCCAUCAAGCGAAUGCUCACUACGCAGUAUCGCAUGCACGAGAAGAUCAUGCGUUUUCCUUCGGAUGAGCUGUACGACGGGAGAUUGAUUGCAGCAGAGGGCGUGAAAGAUCGAUUGCUUAGAGAUUUGCCGUAUGAAGUUAGGGACUCAGAAGACACAAACGAGCCCAUCAUCUUCAUUGAUACCCAAGGAGGCGACUAUCCCGAGAGAAACGAGGACGAAGAUACCGGGAAAAAAUCGAGCGUCAAAUCCCUCUUGGGAGAUAGUAAGAGUAAUGAAAUGGAAGCGGCUUUGGUCAAGCAGCAUGUUCAAAAAUUGGUCGAUGCUGGCCUCAGACCCGAGGAUAUCGCAAUAAUCACACCCUACAAUGCUCAGGCAAGUACUCACGGAGUUGACAUGAUAUUCAACUCUACGGACCUCGAGGCUUUUGAUUAA